GAGAUCUCUACGGUCAGCAUGCACGUAUACACCAACACAUCGUGAAUAAUCUUAAUCAUCUGCUCCGCCGUGACAUCAAUGUACACGACCGGAAUUUAAACAUGACGUUUUGAUGGAAUUGUUAUGAUAUCACUGGAGCGCGUUGUGCACCUUCUGAGCUGGUAUUCGAUCUAGAAACGACAAGUGCAUGACGCAAAGCUUCACCGCAUUGUCGGCGGAAUAGACUAUUAUUUUGACAAUUAACGCCACACCUAAAUUACGCAAUUUAUUUAUCAUAAAUUCCAAGCAUCUCCAAAGUGUACCAAUACCUAUCGUGUGCAUGAAGAUUCUGUCUAGCUCUGACUGUGAUAUUUAUAAUUUCAUUUUCUAUGUACGCAAUUCCCCCGUGGAGAUCACGAGUGUAGAUACGCGUUUGAAUUCUAGAUUCCAAUUUAUAGAAAACUGUGGAAUUCUAGCGGAACAUUUUUAUGAGGCUUCCUUUCCGUAGUGUUGAACAGGUCUAUACAUAGAGCGUGCUGCGGCAAAAGUUGUAUUCAUGCCUUUUUGUCUGAGAAGUAACGCAACUUGCAAAAUGGAAGAAUAUUCUGUUGCAUCUGAUGUAUCAGUGGUGGAUGUAUAUGAUAUCGCAUCAGAGAUAGGAAAGGAAUGCGAAAAGCUUAUAGAUCUGUAUGGAGUGGAAUCAGUAACUAAUCUUAUGCCAAAGGUGAUAAACGCUUUAGAAUUACUUGAGAAUCUUGCUACUAAAAAUGAAGGUGAAAAUACUAUGGUGCAAGAGCUGAGUGCUAAGAUCUCUCAGCUUGAGAGUGAUAAGAUUGGAAAAGCUGAAGAUCGACAAAGAUUUGAAAAGGAAUUGGAACAGAUUGAAGAGCAUUGGAGACAAGAAUCUCGUGAUUUAGUAGCUAUGGUUACUAGAUUACAGGAAGAGAAUAGACGAUUAGCUGGAUCCUUGCAAGAGUCUCGCAGUGACAGUCAGUACAGCAGUAAACAAACAACUAUCACAGCUAGUCAGGAAGUUGAUAUAGCUGUUUUGCAACAUUUGAGGUCCAUGAUAGAUAAACAGAGAGAUCAGAUUCGUGCUAGAGACCGGGAAUUAUCACAAAAGACUGCAGAAAUUGAAAAUUUGACUGCACAGGUGGAGAAGCUUACCCUACUCGGACGGGAAUUAAAACGCAAACAACGACAGGCGCAAAUGCAGGCCCGGGGUUUAGUAGAAGAGAGGGCUGACUUUUUAGCUCAACUGCAGGAUCAGAAUCGUGAACUUAUACAGCUUCGGGGUCGGCUUGGCAUGGCUAAGAAAGAAAAUGAAGAUUUAAGUAAAUUACAGGGCUGUCCUGAUUUAACGAAUAAAGCGAUUUAUGACUUGGAUGACCCCGAUAGACCCAGAUUUACAACUGCUGAGCUGAAAGAAAUUUUGCAUGAGCGAAAUGAAUUGAAAGCAAGAGUUUCUGAUCUUGAAGACGAAUUGGAACUGUACCGACCAAAACCUGAAAUCCUGGAGGAAGAGGCACCCGUACAAGGACCGCUCCCUUACGAACCAGAUGACGCACCUUGGAAAAAAUCCUCUGAAUCUGGCAUUCGUAAAUUCUUCCGAAAAAUAUUCUCCGAAUCCAGCAGCAGUUUUCUCGGAGGUAGUAGCCCUAGACGGAGUCUUUCUAGUCUUUCAAAAAUGGCCCUAUCCGGUAGCAGUACCUGUGAUACGUCUAUAUAAUGCUUUCUUAAAAAUGCGUUGGAUAAUUUUAAGUAAUUAACCAAGAACGAUGUUGCUUAUAAGUACACUUUUUAUUUAUAUUUAAUCAUGUUCUAACUGCUUGACAUAGAUAUAUAAUUUUAACGUAGAUAUGCGACGCGUAUGAGAAAGAUUGUUGACGUUAUUAAGACCUGGUUCAUAGUAGAUGUGCAUGUAAUGAACGAACUGAAAACAUUACACUUGUAUAAAUCUAUAACGAAGAUACAUGCAUGUAUAUAAUACUUGUAUAGUUGUAAAAAAAAAGGACAAUGUGUGUUUAGCUGCACGACUUUAGUAUAUUACGUAACUUCGCUUAUGUUUUUGUAUUCGACACCUUCAAAUAUCAAAUUCAAGAAGGUAAAAUUAAUAUGCAAAAUCGUAAUGCAUGUAAAAAAAAGAUAGGGAUACAAAUAGAAAAGAACAUUUCUAAUUUCUUCCAAAAUUGUUAUAGUGCGUGUAGUGUUAAAUGUGCGUUGAUAAAGUUCUAAUCAUAUCUAAUAUGAAACAGGUCUCAUUCUAGACACCAAAGUAAUUAUUGUUUAUCGCUAGAACUUUGAAGAUUUAUUGCAGAUCAAUCUUUCUUAUCUUUCAGUAAGAUAUAAUUUAUAAUUUAUUUUAUUGACAUUAAUGCAUUAAAAAUCUAUAAUUUUGCAACUGAGAACGAAAUUAUGAGAGUAAAUUGCAAAGAUUAUAAUUCGUGUAGGCUUUAUUUUAUAUAUUAACUUUUUUAUAUAUUUUUUAUCUUGAAUAUGUUCAUGCAUUUAUCACAUGGUUGAAGCACGCAAUGUUUCAACUUGUAUCGCAUUUUUAUCUUUAAAUUUUACAUUGGUAUAUAAGCAAUAACAUUCUUAUAUAUUUUUAACUUUUCUACUUUAU